UUGUACGUUUUGUGUAUUUCUGAGAGCGUUAAAACAUCGAAAAUUCAUAACAAAAUGUCAUAUAAUAUAUCAACUAGUAACACUUGUAUAAUAGUAAAUGUUAGUCGAAAAUAUUUAGGAUGACCUCCUCUACACCCCUAUCCGAUUUAAUCCAUACUUCUAUGGACAGCCUGUAUAUUGUUAAAUUGAACACUCCAGUUUGGACCUCAGCACAUUGACCCCAGUUGAGCUUUAUGCUAUAAAUGUCAUAUUCGGUUGUCGCCUGGAGUUGCCCGACAAUUUCGAAUUUCCGGAUGACAUUCUCGAAGAAAGUAGCACGAAAAAUCUAGUGCGUAAAAUUUUCAAAAAUAAUAUUCCUUCAAUGUGUAUAGUGGCGAUAGAAGAGGGAAUUAAUAUAGAUGAUGAGUCUUGGCGGUUACUUUUGGUUCUAUUGGAUAUCAAAACAAUUUUCGUCAUCAUUACUCUUACUGAUCAAACAAGCAUGUCUGAAGUGGCCCUCCAAUGCUUAUCGAGUAACAAGCUGCUUCAAAUGCCGAUUUCCGGACUGAGCCAUUGCUACCACUUGGUUAUUGCCUGCCAGUUCCUUGACGUACAAGCUGUUCCCACAGAUUUGGAGAAGUUAAUACAAAGCGCAAGCAACGGUGUGCCCGGCUGGAUCCAGGACUUGGUCAUAUCGCUCGUCCAGCAAGGCGACUUGUCUGUGGAAACCACGACCAGGGCUAAGGCGCUGGAGCAUGGAGCUGUUAUGCCAACGCCAUCUUUACUGUACACGACGGUAGCUUUGGCAACAACUAUUGAUAACCAAGUUUCGUUAGACGCGUAUUUUAAGGAAGUUUUAGAUAAAUUGAAUGCUCAUGAAUCUCAUGGUACCAAUAAAUUUAAAAGUAAUGAAGUACUUGCUCUAAACCCAAAUGAGCACAUUCAGAUAGCAGUUCUUGCGGACACAUUCGACGUUUUGAAUAUUCGGAUGUCCGUUGAUGAGGAUGUAAUGAUCAUGAAGACUUAUGACUCACUCACUGCGUUCGAAAAGAUGCUGUUAAAAUGUUGUUCCGUUUUGGGUGUUGUUUUUCCUCGACAAAUGAUGGAAUAUCUGGUAGAGUGUGAGUCCAGAAGAAAAAUUGCAAAAGCUGUAGCGAAGUUAUUCUCAGAUCGUGUUCUGGAGUGUGAAGGGGGUGAUUUUACCCAAGAGACAUCCAAGGUGUUGGUGCAUCGGUCACCGGAGAUUCAAAAUGCUGAGUCACCAUAUUGCUACUGUCGCGGCACUGAAGAAUUGAUCGACUGCGCUGACCUUCCGAAGUAUGCAUUUUGUGGUUACAUGAGGUUUAAAUCUACUUUGUUCCAAACCACCACAUACGAUUUACUCACAGAGAUACAAAAGUAUGAUUUGCACGCUCGAGCUAUGAUGUUUUUGAAGCAGUACACUCGACGGUGUUGGUACUGCGGAGAAGGUUGUUUCCACAAGCUGCUCGGCAGGUGCACUAAUGAUGGUCUCGUCAAUGAGUCGACAGACUUGAAAAAUACGCAAGAAAUGAUUCAAAGUCUGGCAGAGGAGUCGCGUCAUGUGACAAGAAGAUUAACUCGGUCCACGAAGUCGCUGGAACACAUGUUCCAAUCAUCGGUAAUGAUACGGAUUUUUUCGGAAGAAUUACUCCGUUUCCCAGGCCAAGGAAGUGAAAUUGGCGUUCUACCGAAAUCUGAUACUCACGUGCGGUCAUUCUCCUCACUGGACGUAGCCAAUUGUGAAUGUCUUUCAAUAGCUUUGGCAGCUUAUGUUCAGCUUAUUGUUCAUUGUCGUGGAGCAGGCGAGCACGAAAAAUUAUUUGAAGCUUACUUAGAAUAUGCGGAUUUGUGUGUAAAUUCGAACACACCACAAGCACUCUGCUUGCUGAAUGAAGCGGAAACCGUUAUUAUGAGUGACGAAUACUGGUCCCACUGUCGAUUAAAUUGCAAAAUUAGCUGGUUCAAGGACUUCUGCUUGGGACGUAUUGUAUCGCUCCGAGGCGGUUGCAUGCUCGCGUCUGGAGAGCUUAUCGAAGCUAGGAAACACCUACAUCGCGCGUUGGAAUUGUUUCGCGAUCCGUUCCCUACAACUAAAUAUCAGCAAAUGAUCCGCAAUAUGCACAUUACCGUGCGGCAAUGGAUGGCUUUUAAAGUUGCGCCGAAAGCCUUUGUCGGAACAGAGGACGGCUUGAUUGGAUUUUUUUACGAAGAAGUUGCAAUCACAUUAAACCGGCUCUAUACAUUAUUUAUAGGGUGCAAAGAAUAUUCAAAUGCUGAACUAACGGCGAAAUGGUCGUUUGACUACGCCCUACGGAGGAACUCGAACUUCAAACUCCUCUGCGAAUGUUAUGGAAACAUGAUUACUACUCAUUUCAACAAUCAGGAAUUCUCUAAAUGUGUUAAGAUAGUAAACAUGGCCAUAGAGCUUUCUCGGCGGAAGCGCGGUAGAUUGGACGAUGCGGAAGCGCGCGCGGUCUGCGUUCUCUACACAACCGUGUUUUUGUUUUAUGUGGAUUACGGCAAGAAGAACGAAAGCCUAGAGUUCGGUUUGCCGGUGAUGCACAUGGUGUCCAUGCUUCACGAGUCGAGCAUGCGCGUGCGUCUCGUGGUAUCAGUGUUGAGGCUACUGCUCAGUGAUCUACACAUUAAUGAGAUGGUGCUACUUAUGAGGGAGAACUUGUAUAUGGAUGGCGAGUUUGACUUGAGCUCGACAACCUGGUACUACACGUACUCGUUAAUGAUACUAAUUGAGACUGGGUACUGCGUUGAGUCGUACCAGCAAUGUGAAAGGUUCUACAUGCAACACGGAGACACCAUCCUGGCGUUCAAGAGUAAAGACGCCGCAUGGGACUACUUUGGUUGUAUGUGGCUUAUAACUGUCCGAGUAUGCGCGUGGGAGACUUCGGUUUUAUGGGAAAAGAAAGUAAAAGAAAUAAUGUCCACCGAGAAUAAACAAAUUGAAUACAAGAUUCACCUGCAAUUAAUUUUGUUGGAGGGAUGGCUUAUAAUGUUAGUGAGAGAGAUUGAUGCAAUGAACGAGAGCCAGAUUACAAUUAUUAAAGAAACAAUUAAGAAUAUGUUCGGAACGAUGAGCAAGUCCUGUCGGAGAGCACCAAUAUAUCAACCGAGAUAUUUUCUUCUCCUGGCCUACUUUAACAUCAUAAGAGGCAACAAGUUCCGUGCCCGUAGCCACUUAGAGAAGACGUUUGAACUUGCAAAGGAAUUAGCUGAAGGAACAAUACUAAUUUGGGCGGAGCAUACGCGGCAGCACUGGACGGGUACACUGGACCCAGAGCUUGAAGACUAUUGGGUACAGCAUAUCGAACCGGACAACCUCUUGGGCUACAGAAAUUUCAACAAGAACUUAGGAUUUGUACCAUUUACUCUACCUUUACCUAAAGCGCUAUUGAGAUAGUACUUCGAUUUAAGUAUAUACUUUUAUUUUAGUUAUAACAAAUACUCAACCCUUUUAGAACCGAUUUGCUACAAUAUUUAUUUUAUCUUGAUAUAAUAAUGAUUUGAUAAUCUGGUAUUUUGAGAUUCUUUUAGCUUAAUAGGUUUUCUUUAAGUCUAAUAUUAAAUAAAGGUCCUUCGAACCGGA